UAGUGUUGGAGACAUUAACUUGUGAUUGUGGCUUCUUAAAAUGUGUUCUUAGUGGAAUUAUCUUUUGUUACGUUAGGCAAAACUAGAUUUAAAAGUUUCAGCGCCAUCUGGCGGGCGCAGAAACGAACGUAAAAUGUUGUCAGCAUUAAGCCAGAUUUUUCUGCUUCUGUGGAAAAAUAUACUCCUGCGGUAUCGCCAUCCGAGUAUUUUACUACUUGAACUGGUAUGGCCGGUCGCGCUUGUGGGGUUGUUGUCGCUGAUGAGGGAGGGGAUACCACCAAUCAAGUACAAGGAUUGUCAGUAUCCAGCCCGGGCCAUGCCGAGUGUGGGAGUCACCUCGUUUCUUCAAGGGUUCAUCUGUAAUCUGGACAACCACUGUUUCACCUCACAAACCACGCUUUCGUUAACAGAACAAACAACGAAAAAUUUUGAAGCAUUAACAAGAGACGUUGCGCCUUACUUUGGAUCAAAUGAAACAAUAGAGAUAUUGUCCUUCUCUGAUAAAAGUGCAGGCCUAUUCACCCCAUUAAAGAAGGUAGUCCAAGAUGAUGAGCUUAUGACAGGAUUAGCUAAUUUGACACUUGUGAGCAAUUACUUUCGUGACCCGUCCGUAAUUGUAAACAUUCUUGCAAACGAAUUCAAAAUACUGACGCGAGCACAAGCAACAGCUCUUAUGAAUUCGAAGAUUAAAAUAGGGAUGCUUCUGAAUUUGACGGGCGCACCAGAUCUGAAAGGGAUCGUCUGCGACCCCAAACUACUCGGCAGUUACCUCCUGUUCCCUGUUGGGACAGACGUGAGCAGGAUUUCAGCCGCCCUGUGUGCCGUGGGUGACACCAAAGUCUCAAACCUGACCAACGCCAUCCUCCAGAAUAUGAACGUUACCAGCUUCAUCUAUGCUGUACAACUGUUGGAGGACAUCAAAGAGAAGUUUGGAGAUAACAACGCCAUGAACCUGGUAUUCGGUGAUGUCGCUCAGAUGUUUGAAACCAUCAUGGCCUCCAAAACUGUCGUCGGUCUCAUUGGGAGCAUUGCAUCAAUCGACAAUGUGUCUGAAAUCAUUAGAAGCAUUCCAUCUUGGAUCGUGGGCUUGAACGACUUCAACAGUGCUAUUUCAUUAAUAAAAAAUAUUGUUGGAAGCUUAGACCCCGUGAUGGCAAGUCUACAUCUACAAAAUACAUCUGCCUGGAUGGCUAUCAAAAACAUUGCUCAACUAGGGAUUAACUUUAUUGAGCUCGGGGAAGGAAAAUGGAAUGGGACAACAAAGGAGUUUAUGGCACCAAUAACUGAGCUGAUGUCUGAUUUAAAAGACUUGGCAGGUGAAGAAAGUGGGAAAAUUCUGUUUGGAACCAUGGACUUAUUGUCAAAAAUUGAUUUGAUUGGUAUCUAUGAUCAGCUGUACAAAACAGGAACUCUCACCGAAAGUACAACGAUAAAUAUGCUGAGCAACUUCCAAGAGUUAAUGGAGAAUUUAUCCUGCUGGCCCACUGUACAGAAAAUGGUUAUACUUAUACAGCAUACUGCAGAUAUCAUGUCUGUAUUCACAGAAAAAUCACUAGAACUAAAACAGGCACUGAAACUACUUCUUGACUCCAAUCAAGUUCUAGUGCAGCAGUUGAACAGAAUUUUUACCUAUGGACCUGUGGUCACUAGAGCAGUGUUUCAAGAAAUGAUGGACAAAACUCUUUUAACAGAUGUGAUAAAAACUGGAAAUACAUACAGUACUGUGUGUGAGAGAAUAGUGGGUAAAAUCCAAAUGAACCCAGAUAUUCCUGCUAAUAUUUAUCAGGACUUACAUGACAUUCUGUGUUCAGGGGAGGUAAUGGAUGCAUUCACAACAUUGAUGGAGAGGAUACAUCUAGCAGAUAUAGCCCUAAUUAUCAAUUCAACAGUUAAAGACAUAGAAGUGCUCUACAAUGGUCAGUUGUUUAACAAAUCAGUGACCUUUACUGCUGCCUACGUUCAUGUCAAGCAGUUUGUGGAUAGCGUCAACAGCUACAGAAGUGUUGGCUAUUUGUGGGCUGACCUGUUCAAAGACGUCAGCUCACAGUCCAUUGAUGUCAAUCAGGCUGGAUGGGAAAUGGUUAGGGAUAUGCUGAAUACAGAUUUCCUGACAACAGGGUUACUAAGUGUAACAAAAGCAUUAGGACAAGUACUAGCUGAUUCUUCAGCAUCUAACUUCAUGUCAACAUAUAUACAUAUACUGAGUCAUGCUGUUCAGCUGUUUGAUAACACAGUAAACAGCCUUACAACAGCCUACCAGAGUGGCUCCCCUUUCCCGUCUGCCAUUAGCCUGCUGACAUCCUAUAUGCCUGACAUUGUUAGAGGAAUAAAAUACUUGUGGGAUAACAAGAUGCAAUCUAUCUACACACUUGUGACGUCUGCUGAUCCUCUGGUGACUUUCUGCACUGGCAACUAUUUUGGCCAGAUGGACUUUGCCCCCUAUGUACCUGUGAUGGAGAUGACCAGUCUGGUCUGUAAUACUAGCUGGCCUAUGGCUGCGAAUGACUUCAUUCAGCCAGUGACCAAUAUCAUCAAAAGUAUGACACAGAUUGUAGAGGCAUUUAAUUCAAGCGCAACAGCAAGUUAUGAUUUUGUAUCUGACUGGGGAGAUUUGAUAGACCAUGCACAAAAGAUACUAGGAGUGUUUAACUCAGGACAGCUCCAAACUAUGGAUUUUACCAUGGGCUACAAAACGUUUGUGGAAAAUUUGGACUUGAUGAAGUUUGCUGAAGGUUUCCAAGUCCUGUUUCAGACUUUACAAGGGAUGACAGUUGCAGACAUUGACAAGUUGACAAACCUGACAGCCAAAGUAAUGGAGAGACUGGACUCAGCUUUAAGCAGAUACAGUACCUGGGACGAUGCCAAACUGUACAUAGCCAUCUUUGAAGCUUUUGUUGAUGGAGAGAUAAACAUGACCAAAGAAUACACAACUGGAUAUAGCAGCCUGCGUGAAAUACUGGACAAGUAUCCCCCAGAGCUUAGGACUUUUACUGUACUGUUAUCCGAUGCCUAUCCAGAGCUUAUUUCAGCUCUUAAAAUGAUGAUCCUGGAUCCAUCUAAGCUGAUAGGGAAGUUCUUGACUGGUGGAUUUUCUGCCCCUGAUUGCAAGUCAAGUUUUGUGACUGACUACCUCAGUGCACCAGCAAACAGUUCCCUUCAUGCCCUGGAGGAUUUUCUGUGUCACCUUGACCUUGUGGCCCUGGCUGAGAAGGUGGCCAAUAGCCAGCCUAGCAUGCAGGGCUACUCACAGAAGUUAACGGCAUUGAUAAAUGGCCCUGUCACUCGUGAACAGAUUAACUGGCAAAUCCUGGCUGAGAAAAUAAAAACUUUAAUCCUACAGCUGAGCUCAAUGCACUCAUUAAAAGAUUCUAAUUACCUGGGAUUUGAUUUCUCACCUUUCAAUUUUACAACCAUUGGCUUAAGUUGGAAGGAGUUUUAUACUGCAGCAAACACAUUGAAGAAUUUUGACAUUAACAAGUUCAUUCCUUUGAUCUACCAAAUUCAAGAAUUUGCCCUAGGUCUGUCAAAAAGUACUAGCACUGAUAUCAGCCUUGACCUUCAAACCUACGCCUAUGUUAGUCAUCACUUCCUCAAAAUGGUGAAUGCAGAGCUGGCAUUUUUUAAUGCCUCAUCAGAAGUCAUAGUGUCAGAAUACUUGUGGUCACCUGAGCUACACAAACUGUUUGAUGCACUAAACAAAAGCCCAGAUCUCACUGCAGUUUUCCUGGCCACUCUUCAACGCCUGCUUGUUUCCCCUUCGCAAGUUUUCUGGCCAUCUAAUAUUGAGAGUGUGUGCUCAGAUCUGCAAUUAUUUUCUCAAACAUUUGUCGUGGGUGUAUCUAUGGCAUCACCUGCAGCACUGCAGAGUACAGUCUGUGGCCUCAACAUUGAUGUCAUGCUGGUGGUAGAACAGGUUCAGAAUAACAGGCCAAGUGUCAAGGAAUUCAUUGAUGCUAUGAAACUUUUGUCCACAAGCUAUACGGCAGAUGAGGUGUCUGUAGAUUUUAAGACCCUGAUGUCGGAGUACGAGAUGAUGAACUCUUUAAUCAGAGACCUGACUAGCCACCCACCUGUAGUGAAGCUGACACCAGACCAGCAAUGGAUGGAUGUAAAUGUGUAUCUCUCACUGUGGGGAGAUUUUAGUCAACAACUUUUAACUCUCGGAGCUGAAUUGCAGAUUGAAAGCAAACUGCUAAGCUGGCAAUCUGAACUGUCCCAGCUGUUGUUGAGUACAGUGGAGAAAAUGUCAGGCACUGGCCCAGCACUUGGUUACAUCAAUGGAAUUUUAGAAAUUUUACAGAAACACAUCAGCAUUCUAAAAGAUGGAUAUGACAGUUUUAAAAGUUACCCAAAUGUAAAUCAGAUGCUAAAAAUAGUCCAGUCUGCUCCACAAGCCGUGGAAACAGUUUUGUAUACAGUUCUAACUGAGCCAGUCAAGACCAAAACAUGGAGCAGCAUAUUUCAGUCGUGGGAUCUGUUCUGCCAGACACCAGCAGGUGACUUCAUGACUGUACCUGAAGGGUUGAACUUUGACAUUACAGAUUUUUUUGGCAGAAUCUGUCAGGUUGAUUUUGUUGAGAUGGGUCAUGAACUGGCUCAGUUCGAGGCUGUGAAUGAACUGAAUGCAUUGUUUACAACUCCCUCAGAAGAAAAUGUAAAUGUUAGCAGUCUGUACAAUAAAUUGGGCCUGAUUAUACAAAGUUUACAAGCUUAUACAACAGAGCCUAACAGUGCUAAAGAGAUAGCUUUUGCUCAGCUCUUCAAUGCUACCCUGUGGGAACAGAUUGGUAACCACAUUACCAUAUGGUCUAGCACUUCAGUGAAAAUCUUUAGUGACCCUGAGAAAAUCACAGGACUAGCAUUAGAAAUUCUGAAGAUAGUUCUAGGAAGUUUGCCUCAAGGUUACCAAAGUGUCUACAACCAGAUGGUUGGAAUAACAGACAUCAUACUUGGAAAAGUUAUCAACAUCUUUAACUCCACUAAACUGUCAGAGGUUUUCAGUGAGCAGCCAGACUUGAAACUACUUGCUGGGCUGUUGGAGGAUCUACCACAGCUUUAUGAAGUUGCUGUGUACACAAACUUGUAUUACCCAGAAAAGAUUACUGCCAAAACUCCUUACUUUUCUUCAAUGGAAGCCUUUUGUGCUAACACCCCUCAAGAGAUGUUCAUGGUACCACCCUCCUCGACCUUUGACCUAAGAGCUUGGUUCAACAGACUGUGCAGUGUUAAUGUAACCAGCUUGAUAGAGGAACUUGGUGACUAUUCAAUGUCUAAAGAGAUUGAGAAAGUGUUAAAUAAUCCAUUAUCAGAGCCUGUGGAUAUUUCAUCAAUAAUUUCAAAUUUUCAAAAACUGAUGGAGAAACUCAACUCCGGAUUUUCUAUAAAUGAUCCCCUUUUUAGUACCGACAUUUGGGAGAAUGCCAUGAAAAAUGUGGAAAAAUGGAUUUUGCCAUACAGUGCUUUAUCAGAUUUUCUGAAAGACACACCUCUGCGUGUUCUAAAAGUUGUUACAUCUCUGCUGGAAAAGAUGCCAACUUCAAAUAGUGCACUGAACUAUAUUGACGCCAUUUUUAGCCUCAUUGGCAACAGAGUUGAGGAAGCUCAAGCCAAUGGUUUGCCUGCAGCCUUUACUGAUCUCCCAAGCCUGAAGACCAUACUAAAACUAGCUGAGGGAAUGCCAGAUUUGGUUGAAACCUUGAUUUACACCACUUUAACACAGCCUGUCAAAACUGCCAACUGGGUGGCUGCUUUCCAAUCCUUCUCCACAUUUUGUGGCACAAGUGUCCAGGAUAUUUUAGUUCUACCCCCAGGGAGCAGCUUUGAUUUAGAAGGUUACAUUCAGCAGAUCUGCAGCAUUGAUAUAGGUCAGGUGGCCACUGAAAUCACAACAUUUGAAGGGUUCAGAAGAAUAGAAGCAAUUGUCACAGGUAAUGACUACAAUGUUGUCAACACCAGUUCAAUCCUAGAACAAGCCAACCGUAUCAUCCAAAGUCUGGGCUACAUCUAUGAUAACCCUUCUAGUUUUGCUGGCUUAGAUUUGAGAAUAUUCAGUGAAACAGCAUGGAAGACAAUGUGGCAGAGGGUGGAGAAAUGGUCCCCAACUGCAGUUGCGAAAUAUCAAGACACCAACACCCUAGUGGACAUAUUUGAGCUGGUGUUUGGACCUCUGGCUGAGAUGAGUCCAGAACUCAAAUCAGCCUACAACAAAGCUAUGGCAAUCACUGAUGUUGUGGUGGAUGAGGUUUUCAUGGUUCUCAAUUCAUCUUCUAUCAGUGAAGCCUACAACAGCAUCCCAGUUCUGAAGCAGCUAUUCAAGAUGGCCAACCAGGCCCCAGAACUGCUUGAAACUCUACUGUAUACAUCUAUGUUCCACCCUGACAAGUUAGGGGUGGACUGGCCUGCCGGUCUACCAGAAAAAAAACCCGGUAGGCCCCCUGGAAAAACUCCUUGUGGGCCCUCACAAAUGGAGCUGUACGAGGCCAAUUAG